GCAGCAGUCACAUUUUCUCCACUGCUGGCAGCCUGAGUCCCUGAUCCUUGCACUGGCUGCCAGGGCGACGCUGGGCCCAUGGAGAAACCGGUGAAGGAUGGGAUCCUCUAUGUGCAGCACUGCAAAUUUGGAAAGAGGUCCUGGAGGAAGAUGCGAGCCCAGCUCUUCGCCGCCAGUCCCUCUGGCGUGGCCCGUAUGGAGAAGUUUGAUGUGCGGGAUGACGGCACGGCACUAGAGAAGACCUCCCUACGGCGGUGUGCCCGACGGGUGAUCCGCCUCUCAGACUGCGUUUCCGUGGGCCCUGCAGGCACAGAGAGUUGCCCUAAAGCCACCGCCGCCUUCUACCUCACCACCACAGAGAAGAGCUACGUGCUGGCGGCUGAGCAGCGGGAUGAGUGGAUCACUCAGCUCUGCCAGCUGGCCUUCCAGGGUGCAAAGCAGACAGCGCAGAGCAGUGCCAGGACUCAGCCCAGCCCCGCUGUCCCCAUGGAGGAGAACUCCCUCUACUCCUCCUGGCAGGACCUGACUGAAUUCCCGGUACUGGUGGUCCAGACGGACGCAGCCGCGCGCUGUGGCCUGCACGGGCACUAUGUGCUCUCAGCCCUUCCCCAGAACCUGACGCUGAAGGACCCGCAGUCCCGCCAGCCCCUGCUCACCUGGCCCUAUUCCUUCCUCCGCAAGUUUGGCCAGGAUCAGACCGUCUUCUCCUUUGAGGCCGGCCGCCGCAGUGAGUCUGGCGAGGGGACCUUCACCUUCAGCACCCCAAGGGCCUCAGAGCUCUGCCGGGCUGUGUCUGCCGCCAUCGCCUGCCAGCAGCAGGGCAAGGAUGCCCCGGACCCCCAACUCUCCGCACAAGGCCUUGAGCCCCAGCCCUGGAGCUCCGGGGCCAAGGAACCCCAGCCCAGCCCAACCCUGGGGGGGGCACAGCCUGCCUCCCACCCCCCCACCAGCCUUCUCCGCUUCCCCCCCCCGGAGCCAGAGGCCCCAGGCCCCAUCGUCUACGCCUCCAUUGCCCGGGGCCAGCAGUCCCUCUUUGGGCCAGGGCAGCUGGGUCUUGGUGAGCCCUGGGUCAUAGGGAAGCCACCCCCUGAGCACCUCUACGAGAACAUCUUCACUGCAGAGCCACGUCCAGCUGGGACCCAGGAGGAAGAAGAAGAGGAGGAAGGGCAGUGGGAGCUGGGGUGCCGGCAGGCCCCUGAGGGCCACAGCAGUGAGGCAGGCCCCCUCUAUGACAACCGGGCUGCCCUAGCCCAGCUGCCGCGGGGCAGCCCCCAGCCCCCCGAGCAGCGCUGGGGCCAUGGGGGACAGGAGACAGGGCCGGGGCGCCCUGGGCACAAGCCCCAGAGCAACCUCCGGGCCAAGCUGGUGCGGCUGCUCAGCAGGGAGACCCCCAGUCCGCGGGACUGGGCCUGAUCCCGGGCUGGAUGCGGUUCGGUGGUGCGGUGAAUAAACAACCUGA